CCUGCUGGGCUGGAGAAACGAAGGUCAUGAGCCUGUCACCCACGCCGUUUUCUGUUCAAUCUGACGAACGCGGCAAGGACGGCUGGGAGUGUAGGAAAUAGACGGGGCACCGCGCCGGGGGAAGCAUUUGUGGAAGAAAGAAGAGAAAAGAAAGGAUGCCCUGCUCUCUGUUCCCUAGCUUAGUUAUCCGUACUUUCCUCCUUCUCAGCCAUCUCGAAUCCGGACCAAGAAUUUGCACAUUCACCACCUCACUUCAUGUCCACACUGGCACACACAUCCUUCCUUCAAACCCUUCCAAGAGCCUUUCUUUCUUGCACCUGGCGUUUGUUCAUCAUCCCAAGACGCCCCCUCCGAUAGACAGCUCUUGGUCACCCACCUGAUUCCAAAAACACCCACGACGCGACUGUUUCCCGUCACUCAGCCGAUCCCAUCAA